CUGAGCCGUCGGCCGCCCAGUCCUGCGCACGACCGCACACGCCGCCGCCGCCAGCCGGGUCGCUGCGCGUCGCCCCCGCGCGCGCCCGGCCGCCAGUCUCAGCCGCGCCCUCUGGGAAGCGCGGCAGUGCGCGUGCGCCGCGCCCGCGCUCCCGGCCAGACGGAGGCAGCGAGUGGUCGCCCGAGAGGGUGGCGGGGCGGCCCGGAAACAGUCCGUGGCCGCGGUUCCCGGGAGCUGGCGAGGUGUCCUCCACGGUGCAGAGACCUGGAAUGGCCAAAUAUCAAGGUGAAGUUCAAAGUUUGAAACUGGAUGAUGACUCAGUCAUAGAAGGAGUAAGUGACCAAGUACUUGUGGCAGUUGUGGUCAGUUUCGCUUUGAUUGCUACCCUGGUAUAUGCACUUUUCAGAAAUGCACAUCAAAACAUUCACCCAGAAAACCAAGAGCUAGUAAGGGUGCUUCGGGAACAACUUCAAACAGAACAGGAUGUGCCUGCCGCCGCCCGACAGCAGUUCUACACUGACAUGUACUGUCCAAUCUGUUUACAUCAAGCUUCCCUCCCUGUUGAAACAAACUGCGGCCAUCUCUUUUGCGGUACCUGCAUUAUUGCAUACUGGCGAUACGGUUCAUGGCUUGGGGCGAUCAGUUGUCCAAUCUGCAGGCAAACGGUAACUUUACUCCUAACAGUAUUUGGUGAAAAUGACCAGUCUCAGGACGCAAUAUCACUGCAUCAGGAUGUUAAUGAUUAUAAUCGGAGAUUCUCAGGGCAGCCCAGAUCUAUUAUGGAAAGAAUUAUGGAUCUACCCACUUUACUGAGGCAUGCAUUCAGGGAGAUGUUUUCAGUCGGGGGCCUUUUCUGGAUGUUCCGUAUCAGGAUAAUACUUUGUUUAAUGGGAGCUUUUUUCUACCUUAUAUCACCUCUAGAUUUUGUACCUGAAGCCUUGUUUGGAAUACUAGGCUUUCUAGAUGAUUUCUUUGUCAUCUUCUUGUUGCUCAUCUACAUCUCUAUUAUGUAUCGAGAAGUAAUAACACAAAGACUAAACAGAUGAAAAGAAUGAGUUUACAAAAAUAUUUGAGUGAAUGUGUAAAAUCAAAUAAAAGGACCGUGGCAGUAUAAAGCACCUGAAUAUUAUCUUACAAGCUUAAAACACCUGAUUAUCAUUUGGCACAUGCCUAGCAACAUAUGACUGGAAUUUUUACCUGCUGCAGGUUCUAAUAUUAAGGUUAGAAUUAUAAUGAUUUACAAGUGCAUCUUGAUUCUGUGUUGUCUAUAAAGUCUGUGGGAAAAUAUGGAAUUACAUAAGAUGAGAUGCUUUUGUAUCUUCUUCUCCCCCAGAUUACUCAGAUUAAUUGGGUGUAUAGUCAGAUGUUGUCAAAUGUACAGUUUAUCCAAUUUAUCCUUCUCAGUGAGCACCUACAUGAUAUCAUCACAAUAAAAUAUUGUACAAUAUUGGGGGGAAAUCGGUGUUUCUUUUAGUACUACUUAAGUUCUGUGCAUUUGGAGCAGUUCUGCUUUUCCAUUCUGAUAUAAUUAUCUUAGCUAACGAUGAAAGAAGAAACUUGCACUUUGUUAAUUUGACUUCAUAUUCUGGUUUACAGAACACUUCUUAAUAGAAGAACAAACAAGAUGUUAAGACAACAGCACACCUGAUGUCAUCAUCAGUUAUGACAUUUCAAGGCUUUGAUCCUUUCAUAGGAAUAGUAUAUACCAGUCACCGUAAAGGGGCUUUUCCCCAGGCACCUGGGUGAUACUGUAGACACAUAGAGUUUGGUCCGUUCCUGAGGGCAGUGGGUUUUCAUGGCUGUGAGCACUAGGAUGACUGGUGAGCUGUAGCAGAACGGACAGAUGAGGUUAGUUUUCUCUUGUCAGAAAACUUCUGUAAUACUGUCCCUAGAUGGCGAAAUCUAGCCCACAUUCAUCAUACCUUUGCAGAAGGAGGCAAUUCAGUAGGAAAGCAAUCUUGGUUUUUGGAGGACUGUAGCGUAAGAAUCUGACACUGUCCUGUAGUUUUCUGUUUGAGAAGAAACAAAACCGCAAGUAUUAAGAAUGCUUAACUCCCUCAGCUGGGAGUGACCUGGACAGCAGGGAGCAGGGUGGUCGUGGUCCCCAUGGGGGCCUGUCCACUCACGUACCAGCAAGCCUUGCUGUGGACAGAUGGGGAGAAAACGCAGACCUGUGACAGUCAUCCAUCUUAUCAGGCCGCCAUCAAUUAAUGAGACGCUGAAAGAAACGCCAGUAAUAGUGGCCUAAGACAAAGCUGCUGCUUGUCAUAGAGAAAAACGAAAUUCUUCAGUAUAGCACAUUGUAAUUAAAGCAAUUUCUGGCAUACUUUUCCUUUUAUCCUCAAGACAGUUAUGUGAGGAAGGCAGGGCAGUACCUAUAGAAUCCCUGAUAGAGAAGGGUUUUUUGGUUUUUUGGUUUUUGCUUUUUAGGGCCACACCCAUGGCAUAUGGAAGUUCCCAGGCUAUGGGUCGUCAGAGCUGUAGUGCAUCUGAGCUAAGUCUGUGACCUACACCGCAGCUCACAGCUUAACCCACUGAGCAAGGCCAGGGAUCGAACCCAAGUCCUCAUGGAUACUAGUCAGGUUCAUUACCACUGAGCCACAAUGGGCACUCUGAGGAAAGGUUUUUUUUUUUUUUUUUUUGUCUGAAGCUACACAUGAAUAAGUGACUGAACUGGCACGAGAUGCCCAGCACUCCCACAUGGGGAGACACCAGGGUCCUCUGGAAGCCUUUUGGGGACACACUGGAAUCGGACAGCUCAGGCACUCCCAAGAGGAAACGUGUAGAAAGAUGGCACAUCAAGACUCCAUGAAUCCCGGUUCUACACUUCCAAAUCAAGUGUCUAAUAGGAUAGCAUACGUCAUAGGGAAAUAUCUCAGCCGCAGUCACUAACCUGAUAAGCUAGAGAGCAGGCGUUUGUUACACCACCAUUCAGCAGUCUAGAAAUGCAUUUCCUACCAAUUACACAUUUGGUGUGGGACUAGAGCGGUCUUAAAUCUUGGGAAAAGAUUUAAUUUUCUGUGCAUGUGUUCUGCUUCAGGUGUCACGUUUACAGUUACAAUACUUUUAUUGGAAUAUUUGGAACUCCUAAGAUGUUCAACUUUUGUAACACAGAGAAACACUGUUAAGAAGUCUUAUGAAGUUGAAAAGGGAACAUGCUGGCUUCUCAGAAUUUUAGACCUGUUUAUUAUGUCAUCUUUUUUGAUCACUUAGUAAUAAAUGUGGAAUGGAUCUGAAAGAGUAUUUAAAGCAAGUAGAGUCAAUCAGUGUUUUAAACAUCCUAGCAGUACCUCCCUGAUUUCAGAGCUAGAACAUAUAAAUCAAAGCAACAAUGUGGAUUUUUGUAAACAAUAUUGUAACUUUCACAAAAACAGAUGGUCCAAUCCCAGGAGCAGAUGGUAGUUUGGACAGCUCUGUGGGGAACGAGCCACAGGUCAGUGGUUCCAGCUAUGACAACCCUCAGCAUUGAAAGCAGCGCAGGGAGAAGCACUGAGUUGGUCCCUGGGGCUGUGUGCAGAUACCUACCUCGCAGAGCUGGUUCCCAGGACUGACCGUUUGGUUCAAACUUUGUGAUUUAAGAGUUUGUCAAGCAGUUAUUCUUUUGAAUAAAAGCACCAUGUCUGAAAUCUGAAA